UCCCCCCGAGUCUCCGGCGCGCGGUUGGCCCCGAGCCCGCGCGCGCCACCCCCGCUGCGGUAGACUCCAGCACUGAAGUUGUGAAGGAUGGGUAAAGACUUCCGCUACUAUUUCCAGCAUCCCUGGUCUCGCAUGAUCGUGGCUUACUUGGUGAUCUUCUUCAACUUCUUAAUAUUUGCGGAGGAUCCUGUUUCUCACAGCCAAACCGAAGCCAAUGUAAUUGUUGUUGGGAACUGUUUUUCUUUCGUAACAAAUAAAUACCCUAGAGGAACUGCCUGGAGGAUUCUCAAGGUGCUCCUAUGGCUUCUUGCCAUUCUCAUAGGACUCAUUGCUGGCAAAUUUGUGUUCCAUCAACGUUUGUUUGGUCAGCUGCUCAGGUUGAAAAUGUUUCGAGAGGAUCAUGGGUCGUGGAUGACAAUGUUCUUCAGUACGAUUCUCUUUCUGUUCAUAUUCUCUCAUGUUUACAACACAAUUCUUCUGAUGGAUGGCAGCAUGGGAGCGUAUAUCAUUACAGACUAUAUGGGCAUCCGCAAUGAGAGUUUCAUGAAAUUAGCUGCAGUAGGGACCUGGAUGGGAGACUUUGUCACAGCUUGGAUGGUCACUGAUAUGAUGCUGCAGGAUAAACCCUAUCCUGACUGGGGAAAAUCUGCAAGAGCUUUCUGGAAGAAAGGAAAUGUUAGGAUCACUUUAUUCUGGACGGUCCUUUUUACUCUUACUUCCGUCGUUGUUCUAGUCAUUACUACUGACUGGAUAAGCUGGGACAAGCUUAAUCGAGGAUUUUUGCCCAGUGAUGAAGUUUCCAGAGCAUUCCUUGCUUCUUUCAUCUUGGUCUUUGACCUUCUAAUUGUGAUGCAGGACUGGGAAUUCCCACACUUCAUGGGCGCCGUGGACGUGAACCUCCCCGGGCUGCACACUCCUCACAUGCAGUUCAAGAUCCCUUUCUUCCAGAAGAUCUUCAAGGAAGAGUACCGUAUUCACAUAACAGGUAAAUGGUUUAACUAUGGAAUUAUCUUCCUCGUCUUGAUUUUGGAUCUUAAUAUGUGGAAAAAUCAAAUAUUUUAUAAACCUCAUGAAUACGGGCAGUAUAUUGGCCCAGGGCAGAAGAUAUACACAGUGAAAGACCCAGAAAGUUUAAAGGAUUUAAACCGAACAAAGCUGUCUUGGGAAUGGAGGUCUAAUCACACCAACCCUCAGACAAAUAAGACCUACGUGGAAGGAGACAUGUUUUUACACAGCAGGUUCAUUGGGGCUAGCCUGGAUGUGAAAUGUCUGGCUUUUGUCCCAAGUUUGAUCGCUUUUGUAUGGUUUGGCUUUUUCAUCUGGUUCUUUGGACGGUUCCUGAAGAAUGAGCAAGGCAUGGAAAAUCAAGACAAAACUUACACUCGCAUGAAAAGGAAAUCCCCUUCAGAACAUAGCAAGGAUAUGGGGAUCACUCGAGAGAACACAGAGGCUUCCGUGGAAGAGCCAUUGCACGACCCUCCACUGGUUUCCAUCGGGUCCGACUUCAAUGAGAUCAUCUACAAAUCUUCCCACCUGACUUCGGAGAACUUGAGCUCCCACUUGAAUGAAUCUACCAUUGUGACAGAAACUGAUCUAGACCCGACCACUUCUAAAAGUACCCCUACGAACUAGAGUCACUCACAUGGAGAUAGCACAUUAAAAAAAAAAAAAAAAGCAACAUUAAGUGUAACUAAAACAAAAAGUUAGUCUUUCUUUUUUGUAAAUGUCGGGUUUACGUAGUGUUAGGUAAGGAAAUAUAAACAAUGCCACAACGGUGCUCAACAUGCUUUUUUCUAGGACUCAUUGUUUUGUAUUUGUCUUAUAAUCCACGUGCCUACUCUACACGUAACGGUCCUCUAGAGAUUGCUUUUCACAAUUGCACAAGCUCCUUACUGACUUUCCAGCAUAGUAGAUCAGCCAAUUAAUUACCCAUGUAUCUGAUACUCAACCUUAGAGGUGCCUUGAGACAUUAAAACUGUUUCUAACUGUACCAGAAAAGAAGUGCGGAACAGUUCUCUAAUGUUAUUUUAUGUGUUUUUCUU